UAUGUCCUGCAAACUCCUUAUCAGAUGGUUGAUGUUUGUAGGCCAGAUGUACACCACCAGGUCCAGGCUACUUCUGGCUUCUUCACUAGCAGGAACAGUGCUACUACACCCAGGACUUGUCAACAGCUCCUCACUCCCACUCAUUUGCCUAUAUUAUCUCUACCUUUUGGUUCACCUAACCUCUACAGAGGAGCUGUUACGUCAUCCGUCUCAAUGCCAGUUUCUCAGGGUAUUAGUACACUUCCAUUUAACCCGAAUCCUACGCCGAGAGUUGACGCUAAUUACUCACAUCUGCAAGGAAUGCAACCAACUCCACUGCUACCUUAUCAGCUAGGGAAUAAGAGGCAACAACUCUUUCAUCACCAAGCUCCUCUUGGACAACAUUCUCAGCAACAGCUUUAUCCUUCUCAUCAGCAAGAUCAUUUACUAUACGAGGAUGCUUACCGGGCUCAGCCGGCUCCCGCUUUAGCUGCUCCUCUCAAGCAUGUACCAAGCUUGGAUUCUUACAAACAAGCUCUCCAGCGGCACCCCAUAAAUGUAUUCAAACCAUCCAAGUUUCAGCACCAACAGAAUGCUGUUAAAGACCACUAUAUUGGUGCUCAAAUUGCAUCUGUCAGUACUAGCCAGCUGCAGACUUCUUUCCAACCACAUCCUCAUGAUCAGAAGCAGUCGGCAUCAGUCCUGGUUCAAAGGCAGCCUUCUCUACAGAACUCAACUCAAAAAAUACCAGAAAACAAUUAUGCAGAGAGAAAACAAAUUGGGGUUAAAUUAUGUCAAACAGCUCCUCUGCACCGUGAAGCUGUUCACUGCUGCUCGUCUGCAAGAGCGCCUAUAAGAGGCCAACCUGUUUCCCCUGAGAGGAAACGUCUUCCGGAUGGAAACAAUACAUCAAGUAAACAGGUCAGCGGAGAUCGUACUCGAGAUUAUGUCAAUCAGUUUCGGUGGCUUCUGUUUUUGUUCCAUGCUCGUGAUUGCAGCGCAUCAGAAGAUAAGUGUAAGACAACGUUCUGCGUAAAAGCCAAAAAACUACUGGAACAUAUGCAAAGCUGCAAGAUCCCUGAUUGCAAAUAUCCACGUUGUUCUCAAACUCGGGAAUUGCUUCUUCAUUACAAGGACUGCAGGAACAGAAAAUGUCCUCUCUGUCCAUGUGUCAAAAACUUCAAGAAGAAGGAAAAAGCGAGAGUUUUACGUCUCCGUGGAGCUAAGCGUAGCUCAGCUAAUUUAAACCGUCGGCACAGGGAAUCUUCAGAGCCUAUGCAAGCAUAUAACAAAGGAGGUGCAGAAGCUCCAUCUAUUGAUGAUGAUCUGCAACCCUCAGUUAAGCGCCUGAAAAUAGAGCAACUCUCCCAAAAUGCCUCUCCUGAGACAGAGAACCAUUCAGUGCCAGACUGUAAAUCUCAUCCUUUGGCUAAGCAAGAGAAAAAUAGCGAUGACUGCAAAAGUGUCAGAGUUGAGGUUAUGCCUAUGGACAUAGAUAUUUCUGAUGCUUCGGGGAUCCCCGUUACCCGGGAGCUGGAGAAGCAUGUUUCUAAAGAUAUUCCCAAGGGUAGAGAUGGUGCUGAAUCUGCUAUGGAUGACAAGACUAUAUGUUUACCAAAGGAAGAGAAUGUGAAACCGUGUGAGGACGUUGUAGACGCUUCUAAGAUGGAAAUCUCCUCACUCGUUGAAUUGUUCACUCCAGAGCAAGUCAAGGAACAUAUCCGCAGUCUUCGUCAAUGGGUAGGCCAGAGUAAAACAAAGGCGGAAAAAAACAUAGCAAAGGGGUGCUCCAUGUCUGAGAAUGCUUGCCAGUUAUGUGCUGUUGAGAGGCUUGUAUUUGAGCCAAUACCUAUCUACUGCUCACCUUGUGGUGUACGCGUUAAGAGAAAUGCCUUGCACUAUAGUGUUGCGGCUGGCGAGUCACGGCAUUAUGUCUGCGCAACUUGCUACAACGUAGCGCGCGAAAACUCUGUUUCUGUUGAUGGAACUUCUAUACCGAAAGCAAAGCUUGAGAAGAAGAAAAAUGAUGAACAAGUUGGAGAAGCGUGGGUGCAAUGUGACAAGUGUCAAGCGUGGCAGCAUCAAAUUUGUGCUUUGUUCAACAGUCGAAGAAAUCAUGGCGAAGCCACCAAGUACACUUGUCCUAAUUGCUAUAUACAAGAGGUGGAGCAAGGAGAAAGAAGACCAUUACCACAGAGUGCCAUUCCGGGGGCAAAAAGUUUACCAGUGACUACUCUUAGCAACCAUAUAGAGCAGCGGUUAUUCAAAAACUUGAAGAAGGAAAGACAAGAGAGGGCUAGGCUUCAAGGAAAAAGUUACGAGGAGGUCCCUGGAGCCGAGUCACUUACUGUCAGAGUUGUGGCGUCGGUUGACAAAGUAUUAGAAGUAAAGAAACAUUUCCUUGAGCUUUUCCGAGAAGAAAAUUAUCCAUCUGAAUUCCCUUACAAGUCCAAGGUCAUAUUGUUGUUUCAGAAGAUUGAAAGCGUCGAAGUAUGCUUAUUUGGCAUGUUCGUCCAAGAAUUUGGAACAGAAUCUGGACCUCCCAAUCAGCGGCGGGUCUACCUUUCCUAUCUAGACUCGGUCAAGUAUUUCAGACCUGAGGUGCGAACAGUAUCUGGAGAAGCCCUACGCACGUUUGUGUACCAUGAGAUUCUCAUUGGCUAUCUCGAUUAUUGUAAAAAACGUGGUUUUACAAGCUGCUAUAUAUGGGCAUGCCCCCCACUUAAGGGUGAAGAUUAUAUUCUCUAUUGUCAUCCUGAAAUCCAGAAGAUGCCCAAGACUGACAAACUAAGGGAAUGGUACUUAUCAAUGCUAAGGAAAGCUUCAGAGGAAGAUGUGGUGGUUGAAUGUACAAACCUCUACGACCAAUUCUUUGUCCAGUCUGGCGAAUGUAGAGCUAAUGUAACUGCUGCGAGGCUGCCAUAUUUCGAUGGGGACUACUGGCCAGGUGCUGCUGAGGAUUUAAUACAGCAAAUGAGCCAAGAAGAUGAUGGGACUAAGUCAAAUAAAAAAGGAUUGGCCAAAAAGGUCAUAUCCAAAAGAGCACUAAGAGCAGUUGGCCAAGUGAAUGCCUCCAAGGAUCUACUGACGAUGCAAAAACUCGGUGAGAUCAUCUGUCCGAUGAAGGAAGAUUUUAUCAUGGUUCAUUUGCAACAUUGCUGCAAGCACUGUUGCACUCUCAUGGUAUCUGGAAAUCGGUGGGUGUGCAAUCACUGCAAGAAUUUUCAGAUAUGUGACAAGUGUAACGAGGUAGAACAGAAGCGCGCAGAGAAGGAGAGACAUCCAAUCAGCCAGAAAGAGAAGCACACACUAUUUCCUGUGGCCAUCAAAGACGUUCCCAUUGAGAUUGAGGACAAGAAUGACAACAUUGAGAGCGAAUCCUUUGACAAUAGACAAGCUUUCCUGAGUCUUUGCCAAGGCAACAACUAUCAGUACGACACACUAAGGCGGGCAAAACAUUCUUCCAUGAUGAUACUCUACCAUCUUCACAACCCAACUGCCCCUGCAUUCGCAACCAUAUGCACCAUCUGCCAACAAGAGGUUGAAAAUGCUCAAGGCUGGCACUGCCAAGUUUGUGCGGGAUAUGAUGUCUGCAAUGCAUGUUACCCUAAGGCGUCUAUCGACCAUUCACAUAAGCUGAUAAGCCGUUCAUCUGCUACGGAAGCUACUGCACAGCAGAACGGGCAAGCUAAUCAAAAUUAUCAAAUCAAUCUUAAGACGAUAAAAGAACUGCUUAUACAUGUAGCUGCAUGCCGCACUGCACAGUGCCAAUAUCAAAAGUGUAACAUGAUGAAGAUGCUCGUCAGACAUUGUAUAGCAUGUAAGAUUGGUCCUGGAGGUUGCACCAAUUGUAAAAGAUUUUGGGGUCUCAUCAAACUCCAUGCCCGCUGCUGUAGAGAUUCCCAGUGCACUGUUUACAAAUGCAGAGAUUUCAGAGCGAUUAGUAGUAGACAACAACAACAGUCAGACAAAAGGCGUAGAGCUGCUGUAAUGGAGAUGAUGCGGAAAAGGGCUGUUGAAGCCACCAACACUUGCUGACUCAUCUGAUCAAAGACAUGCUUGCUGCAUUCUCAACAGCAUCUAUGAAGGGAUUCGGACUCUGUUGGUUUUUGCAGUGCUAACCUCAAUCUGAUAAGGGAGGAAACAAGAAGAUAUUGUAUCGUUGACUUUUGGGGAAAUAAUGCAAGAAGUAGAAGCAAAGGAGGAGUUUAGUCUUCUUCUCUUCAGCACCAUCUAACUAUAAGU